AUGCCGUUUGGCCGGAAGUCACCCCUGGAGGCCCUGACAAUGCCGGGCGCCCUUAUUGCCCACAAGUACAGCCAGUUCCGGCAGCGUCGUCGGGAGGCCGCGAAUCGGCGCGUGACGGAACGGGAGUUGUCGGCGCUGCACACGAAAAUCGAAAAACUACUCUGCAAGCUCGAAGAGAGCGAACUGGAGCCUCCCACAUCGCAGGAGGACGAGUGCGUCAUCUGCAUCAAUGCCCGGGCGACGAUGCAGACCUCUCCGUGCGGGCAUCGCGUCGUCUGCCGUCGGUGCUUCGUCAAAACGAUCCAAAGUGCCGUGGCUCAAAGGUUGCUUCCGCUGCGAUGUGUCAUCUGUAGGGCACGGAUCAAUCGGCUCACUUCCGGCUCGACGUCCUGGCGCUUGCAGGGUUCGGCCAGCAGCUACUCGAUGGGCAGCAAAAGCUGGAGCGUGCCGGGAUCCGCCAGCUCGUACAGUGUCGACGCCCGCGUCACCCAAUCCGCCAGCCUGUACUCGAUGAGCUCGGGCUCGUCGUGCGUGUCGGGCAUCUCGAACAUGUCCAGCUGCUCGGGCACGUCCGGCACGUCCGGUAUGUCUUCCUCCUCGUCCACCAGCGGUACCACGGAUGGGUCGCUUCACGGGCACGGCCACAGCCACAAGCACGGUGCCGCCGGAUGUACGAGCAGCUGCAGCACCAGCGGAUGCCUGGGGGCCAUUCCACGAAAUCCUGCCUACCAGCAUUACCAUAAAAAGGGACAAUACUACAUGAAGAGCCGUAUUCCGGAGAUGCCAAAUCGGUUGCCACCAAUCAUCGAGUUUAAGAGCCCCACUCGCCACAGGACCCCUUCACCGGCCAAUCCAGGAGCCCGGUUCAAAUACUACACACAACCGGGAAAACCGGCGAACCCGGUCGAAUCGAUACCGCUGAUGACGGUGGAAAAGCUCGUCCCGUGCAAGUCUGGCCCGUCGAAGCUCGGACUGAACGCGAAAAUAGCACCGGUCGCCUCCAAAUCGCCCAUCAACAAGACCAACAUGGCCACGGGCAAGCCGGUCACGACAUCACUCAUCACGGCCGUGAACAGCGGCACACCGAAGGCUCGGGUCCUGCCUGCGUCUGCCGUAUCGGCUUCGUCGUCGUCGGCGUCUUCGGUGGCCGGUCCUUCCGGGAGCGGCAGGGGCGCCGACUCGGGAGGUGGACCCGGUUGCAGCAGCUCACACGCCAGCAAGCAGGACGAAAAGUAUGACAAUAAAAAGAACGAAACAAUAGAAAAGAAAAAGAAAGAGGAGAAGGCCAAACAGAAGGCGGAAAAGGAAGCACGAAAGGAAGAAAAACGUAUCGCCAAAGAGGAGGAAAAGCUGGCGAAAAUGCUUGCCAAAGAGGAGAAAAAACGGGGCAAGAAGGAGGCAAAGGAAGCCCUGCUGGCUCACGAAGGCGGAAGUGGCAUUAAAUAAUCGUGGAUGGUAAAAGUGAAACAAUAUGUAGCAAUGCAAUAAGGUGUAAGCAAGAGAAUAAAAAACUCACACGGAAACCAUAAACAGAAUAGCUUCCAAAGCGGUUAAAAUAAGAGACAGAAGUAAGUAAGUGUGGUUUCAAUCAAACGCAGUUCUGUAUUACCAAAGCAAAACAAAAUAAUAUAUAAAUUCCAAAAGAGGUUUUUUCAACACAACUUUUUGGGUUUAUUUCAGUAAA